GGGACUCGAUAAUGGAGGGAAUCUAGUAACCACAUUGUUGCUCAUGUGAUUGUGCACUAAGGACACCUAAAUAAGUUAAUUGAUUAAUUUUAAAAAAAUAACGCGUGGGUCAUCUCAUGAAAAAUCAGAAAGUAUAUCGAAGAAAAUGACAGCCCGCGCCUGACGGCCCUCGCGGCCAAUGAGCGCGCAGGUCGCGGGCAGGCCCGCCUCCGACUGACGGCACUCGUGGCCAAUAAGCAAGGCGGCGCCGCGGAGCAGGCAGCCAUUGGGCGAGCGCGCAGAACCAGUGAGUCCGGCGGCGGCUUAGUAGCUGCAGGCGCCGCCGCCGCCACAUUCAAGAGUCGGGAGCCUCGCGAGCGCCGUAGGCAGAGGCAGCUCCCGCGGCUCCGUCCAUGCUCCGGGCCGCCGUCCCGUCCGCGCAGCGGGCCCCGCGGAGACCACGUGAGGGUGGACCCGCGCUGUGCUCGGCUGCGCCUUCCUCCCGGCGGACCUGCGGCGGAGCGUCCCGAGCGGGCCCCGCUUCAGGGGUGAAGGCGACAGCGACGGCUCUGCGGGCCGGAAGGAAGGUUUUGAGACUGCCCGCCCAGAGCAGCCGGAUAUGAAUGCCUGUUCUCCACAAGCAGCGGGAAUCUCCAUCUCUCCAGGUAUUCCAGCCCCACUAAUCACCAGAGCACCAUGCAAUGUAGGUUUGUGCUCCGAACAGAUCUCCAGGGCUGGGUGUUCAGCAGUGCCAGGCGUCCACUCCGUCCCUGGUCUGUGUCUCUUCCUCCCGCCGAUGCGCUGGGGUGGGGGAAGGGCUCGAGUCCCGCCGGGUCACAGCUUUGGUACCUUACCCUGUUCCGUGAGGUCUGCUCUUUUCUCUAGGUGUGUGCAGUCUGCGCAGCCUUCUUUCCUGUUAUUCUUUCAGGCUGAGUUGUAUGAAUUACAUUUUCAUAUUAUAUGUGGUUUUGGGAGGAGGUCUCUGUCUCACCUCUCACCCCGCCGUCUUUAAUCCCUAGGGAGGCUACUCCUCAGGGAUGAGGGGUGGAAGUUGCACAGGGGGCACCCCUGGGAGCAUGCCCUGGGAACCUGCGGCGGCCGGCCACCCCUGCAUCCUCAGAUGCCUCCUCUGGGCACCCAGGGGGCGGUGGUUCCACGCAGCACUGCGCCGUGUCCGUGUCCAUCCCGGGAAUGUCCAGGCCUGGUGAGGACGGCCCCACCUUUUCCUGGAACCGUGUGGCUGCAACUCGGUGGCUGAUGGCACCCAGGCAGCAGGUGGUGUUGACAACACGUGAGGCCACGUGCACAAAUGGUGACACCCUCGGCGUGGUGGGGCAGCUCGCCUCUGUCCAGCGGGCCACGAGCAGAGGGGACGACACAGCACGAAGGAGGCCGGAUUGGCUGCAGCUACGUACGGGUCCUUGAGGAUGCAGCGGCAGCCCGGGGAGCUGCCUGGGUCUGCCGACCGAGGAGGUGCCAGAGCACCUGCCCCAGCAGAGGGGGAGGAUGAGCAGGGGGAGGAAGAGGAGCAGGAAGCAGACUCGGGUCUGGGAGUGCCAGGUGCCACCUGCCCGAAGGGGAAGCUCUCGUCCACAUGCAGCCAGGACACCAGCAGGGCCGCGGGCCCGAUGACAGCAGCUGCAGGGCCACACAGGUGAACAGAAGAGGCAGGUUAUCCCAGGAUCCCCCCGUAAUCCUGCUUCCACCCUGUCCCCACUGCCCUCUGGGCCCCUGGCCCUGCACGGAGGGUCCUGUCAAUCACCAGCAUCCGGGGGGUCCCUGUCUCGGGAAGGCUCCUGGGCGUCACCUACUCACAGAGGAGGAGGCUGGGUCCCAGAGGGGGAGGGGAACCACCCGUCAGUCUGACAGGACUGGUCGGCUGUGGAGCUGGGACCCCAGCCCCACCCGUCUUUAGGACGCCCCCACACCCAACGUGGCCCGUAGCUUCCCUGAGGCUGUGGAGCAGCCCACCCCCUGCCGGUCGCCCCCGCCCGGAGACUCACCUGGCCCUGGCCAGGAAGUUUAAAUCUUGUGGCGCCUGAAGAACUGCAACAGUCCCUUUCUGCCGGCCCUCUGGCCCUCUGGCUCCAGCUGGCAGGACAGGCUGUAGCUGCAGGACAGAGGGACACCUGUGAGCCCCUGGAGCCACACGUCAGGGUCCCUUCUCCCAGAGCCUGCGGGCAGCUGCAGCCCACGCCUGCCUCCUGCCGGCCUCACCUCUGCUCCUCAUCCAGGGGCUCUACGGCCUGGAGAAAGGACUGGAAGCGCUCAUCGGGCUCCAGGUCGUACUGCCUGGCCACGCGCCUUUGAAUCCAGAUCUCGUCUAGGAUGGAAAUGACCUGGGGCAGAGGAAGGACAGGAUGCAGACGAGGAGGGGGGUGAGGAGCGGGGGCACUGGGAUGGUCCCGGAUCUUUGCUCACACGGGAACCCGCCUUCCCUCCAGUGCCAUCCAGCCCUGCCUGUUCCCACUGUUGGGUCUCCAGCUCCUGCUCCAGGAAGGCGGCCUUGAUGCCACCCCCACCCCCCACCUGACAAAGCCUUCAGUGUCCUCAGCUCUGUGUGGCUUAACUCUCUCAAGACACGUUAGACCCAGGGUACGGGGUGGACAAGGUCCUGCCCAGGGGUUCUUGACUCCGUCCCUCACCUUUCAUGGCUGGGCACUCAACUCUUAUUUUAUACCAUCACCCUGGAAGGCAGCAAGGCAGCCAAAGUGCAUGGGAAACAGCCCCCUGAGCCCAGAAUGAGGCCGGAACGUCCCCACCCUUUCUCAAGGUGGAGGACCUCCAGGGCCCUCCAAGGGGCAGGCCUGCCCAGAAACAGCACCCGGACCUGGCCCGGGAUCGGGGCUACCGAGAGGCGGGGAGGGGACUGGGGAGCUGAGGCCAAGCUUCCCACGCAGCUCUCUGUGAUGGCAGACAGGGAGACCGAGCCUCUGGCGGGAAGGCACUGCCAGCCCCCUGAUGUGCUUCCUGCCCUGAAGGAGCAAUAUGCCUCCCCCUGGGCAGGGCCUGAGGGGGAGGACAGUCCUGCCCAGAUGCUGCCCCUCUCGCCCUCAGCCCCGCCUUCCCUGGGGCCAGGACCGGGGCUUAAGUGGGUCUUCUCCUAUGGGUCCAGCUCCUGGGGUGGAGGGGAGACUCUCAGAAGUAGUGGUGGCCAGAUGCUGAGAGGUGUGGGCUCACUGGGGCUCUCUCCUCCCCAAAGCUCACCAUCCUGCCCCCCUGUGCCCCGCUGGGCUCACUUACUUCAUCGUUAUGUUCCGGGAGUUGGUCCAUGGGCACGUCAUCGAGAAUAUAUCCCAGGAAGGGGACCAUGCCCUGUGCCACGGGGGUGGGGAGGUGAUGAGUCCCCGCCUACCUCAGGGGCGCCCACAGAGCUCCUCCUGAACCCCACACCCGCAGCCCCCAGCUCCCUUGGACCACCCUGUGCUGCCUCCCUCCCCUUCUCCCUUCACCCUGCGCUCCUCUCCCGGUCCCUCCCAGGGCUGGCUUUGGGCCAAUCCCAGGACCUGUGGUCCCUGCACCUGUCCUCCAACUUCUCCCCGUACCCAGCUGCUAUCGCCCUCCUGGUCACCCCAGUGCUGGCAGCUCAGGGCUCGUGGCACCAGGCCACACCACUCUCACCUGAUUCUCCUGGUAGUCGGGUGUCCUCUGGUCCCCCUGCCAUCGCGUCAACAGGUACUUCGCCUCCUGCAAGGUCCGGGACACUCAGGUACUCGUGCUCCCCUCCCACGCGGCCUCCCACAACCAGACCUUGGUUGAUGGAUGCCUUGCGCGAGUCCCCUGGCACCUAUGCUGUCCCCACCUCCAGCAGGCUCUCAGCCUAGAGCGACCCCAGCUCCGGCACACACUCAUCCUCUCUUGUGUCCUUGGGCCGCGGCCAGCCGCCCCGAGAGGCUUCCUCACCUGCAGAGUGUCAGGGGAAGUCCCUGCCUCCCAGGGUGCCCUGAGCACCCACUGUCACCUGGCUAUCACCACCGCUCCCCUCACACGACAAGGUGGGAUGGGCAGAAAGCUGAAGCCCGUCUUGUGCUCCCUGGACCCUGCUCACCUGGCAGGCCCGCACCCCAGGGUAACGGUCUGAGGGGACCCAGGGAGAGGCCGACCUUGCUCAGCCACGGGCCCCACCCCUGCUCCCGACCCCACGCCAGCCCCAGCCCUGACCGGGGGCCUGACCUCUGGGUCCUCACUGGAUGCCAGGCCCCCAGUCAAGUGGGGCCAGGGAGGGAGACAGACGAGGCCGUUGGGGGCCUGGGGGACCCUACUUCCCCCAUCAGCUCCCCCCUCUCACCCCGCACACCUCAAGUCUGCCCCAAGGCUGGGCCGCAGCACGGCAGAGGACUUGCCCCAAGGACCCCUCCCUUCGAGACGUCUAGCCUCCAUUUACCUCGUGGAACCACUGCCGGUCAGCCUUCUUGUCCAUCUUUUUAAGUUUUUUAAACAUCCUGGAGCUUUUCCUAAGGGGCGGGGAGAGGAGGAGGGGACAUGUGGCCAGCAGGUGGGGAGUCUGGGGGCAGACCAGUUCUCCUGGAGACCCCAGAUAUCAACUAGCCUGCAGGAGGCUAUCCACCACAGUCCUGGACCCUGGGCACUCCGUGGCCUGGGGAGGGGGCUGCGUGUUUCCACCCGGGGCCUCCAUUCCCAGUUCUCCCCGGGGCGAAUCUGCUUUGGGCCAGGUCGCUGUCCUUGGGGCAGAGACCUCCUGCUGCAGAACGCAUGCUCGAGAUCUCCAGUUGGCUUCAACCCACACCUGACAUUGCGGGAAACUGAUUCCUCCAGGGGUAUCGCUGGCCUGACCCACAGGGGGCUCCAAGAGCCCGCCAUCCCUGUCCCUAGGCUCUGCCACCUCCCAGAAAGUCCCAGCCAUCUGAGGGGACACUGCCAGACCUCGGGGUAUCCCUGUCCCCUCAGGUGCCCUGGUCCCGGGGACAGGACUACCCACCAGGAAACAUGUCCCCAGG